AUGUCAGACAACAACAACAACACGUCCCACGAGGACAUGCCCAGCCUCUCCUACUUCGACCACUCAUCAGGCAAGCGCGUCAACACCGACAUUGUACUUGUUGAAGCUAUCCGCUCGCAAUACCCCAACCUUGAUCUCGUUAUCGCGCCUCAGGGACGGCUCAACCUCCUCGCCUACGCAUACGCUGGCCAUGCGAAGGCCACCCCCCUCGAAGAUGUUGUGAAAGACCCCGUAUACGGCCCUGGGAUCAAGUGGCGCUCAUAUGCUCCACCAGCCCACAGGCUUGAUCCUAGUCCCGGAAACAUGGUCGAGCGUGUCAUCUUUGGCAAAUACAUGUACAAAUGGAAAGACCAGGAGGCUAUUCUAUACAUCGCCGAAGGUCGCGAUGGAGGGUCGUCAUACCCGAACCCAACCUUCCAUUACAUCCUCUCAAACGCGUCGCACAAGAUCGAUGAGCUGAUCAAGGACGCGACAAAGUGGGGUGGCGAACUACACAACGAGGUCUGGGUCUUCGAUGGUGGUUACUGGCAGAAGAGUGCAGAACUAUUUAACUCGGUACAAAAGAGUACAUGGGAUAGCGUCAUUCUCGACGAGGAUAUGAAGAAGUCUCUCGUUGCCGACGUAGAAAACUUCUUCGAUGGUCGACAGACGUACGAGGACCUAAAGGUGCCGUGGAAGCGCGGAGUCAUCUACUAUGGACCACCAGGAAACGGCAAAACCAUCAGCAUCAAGGCCAUGAUGCACAGUCUUUACCAGCGCGGUGCGAACGGUGACUCCAGACUCGCAGUUCCGACCCUCUACGUCCGCACGCUCUCAUCUUUUGGCGGCCCUGAAUACUCCCUAGCGCAAAUCUUCGGGAAAGCUCGUCAAGAAGCACCCUGCUAUCUUGUCUUCGAGGAUCUAGAUUCAAUCGUUACUGACUCCGUGCGAUCAUACUUCCUCAACGAAGUAGACGGCCUGAAGUCCAACGACGGUAUCUUGAUGGUUGGUUCGACAAACCACUUGGACAGAUUGGACCCCGGAAUUGCAAAGAGGCCCAGCCGCUUCGAUCGCAAAUACUACUUCCCAAACCCCGACUAUGACCAGCGCGUACAAUAUGCCAAGUUCUGGCAGGGAAAACUCAAAGACAACAAGGACCUUGACUUUCCUGAUGAGCUCUGCGGGAAGAUCGCUGAGAUUACGUCCGACUUUUCUUUCGCUUAUAUGCAAGAGGCUUUCGUGGCAUCACUCCUUGCUAUUGCCGCUCGGGGUGGUAAGAGCGUCGAGGAGGCGGAUCGCGAAGCAGAGAGGUGGGCAGGUCCCCAAGAUCCGAUGAAGUCUACCAUUGGUACUCUACAUGCCAAUUUUGCACGGAAAUUACCUGGAAACAUGUUCGAUUUUGCUCCCGAGUCGGACUCGGAUCUUGAACAACUAGAGCUGUGGAAAGAAAUGAAGAAGCAGGUCAAGAUCCUGCGCGAGGAGAUGGACGAGAAGAAGCACAAGGGCGACUGGGAAUUGCCUACUCGGUCAAAGGUCGCGAAUCCCAUGCCAAACCCGACCCAGUUUAGAGACGAACUGGAUGCGAUCCUGCAUGGAGACCAGGAGAGGCGCCCUGGGCAUCCUCACCCAGGAUUUGGGUACAUGGCUAGUCAGACGAGGUUUGAGUAG